GGAUGGCACAGAGACAGGCAAACUCAACCAGGGGGAUGCCUGUGCAUUGGAGCUAAGCGCUGGAUAUCCGACUGAUGUUCACCAUGUUAGAGGAGAUGAAACAGCAGGAUAAUGCAGAAGUAGCUGGGCGUGUGCGUGGUGGGGCAGAGUGAUGAGUGCUGCUGGGACAUGGACGUGCCAGUAGAGGACGGCCGGGACAGCUGUGGCAUUCCCUGGGCGAGACACUGACGCAGUGGGAGGAACGCUUGGGUUCCUCUCUCGUCCUUCCAGCCCCAGCUUCACCAUGAGAGUGGCCCUCCUGGCCUUCAGACUGAUGUGCUUGGCCUGGCUGUUGCCCGUCAGCAGCCAUUACCCCAACAAGAGGAGACACAAGGAGCAGUAUGGAGAGAACACCAAACAGAAGCAUGGAGGACGGGUGGAUCUUAAGAUGAAAAAGCUGGACAGCACCAAGUCUCUGCUAAUUAAAUCUGAGCAGCUGCUUCGGAUUGAAGACCACGACUUUGCAAUGCGGCCUGGAUUUGGAGGUUCGGCUAUUCCUGUCGGCAUUGACGUCCAGGUGGAGAGCAUUGACAGCAUAUCUGAAGUAAACAUGGACUUCACCAUGACUUUGUACCUGAGGCAUUACUGGCAGGACGAUCGCCUGGCCUUCCCCUCCAGCAGCAACAAGAGUCGUACCUUCGAUGCACGUCUCGUGAAAAAGAUUUGGGUUCCUGACGUGUUCUUUGUCCACUCUAAGCGUUCUUUUAUCCAUGACACCACCAUGGAAAACAUCAUGCUGAUUUUUCCUGACGGCAAUAUCCUCUACAGUGUCAGGAUCACUGUGACUGCACUUUGCUCAAUGGACUUCAGUAGUUUCCCUCUGGACACACAGAAUUGCUCUCUGGAGCUAGAGAGCUAUGCGUACAAUGAGAACGACUUAAUGCUCUACUGGAAGAACGGGAAUGAUUCAUUAAGGACUGACGAGAUCGUGCUCUCUCAGUUUUUUAUUGAAGACUUCCAGCCUUCCUUCGGGCUUGCCUUCUACAGCAGUACUGGUUGGUACAAUCGACUCUACAUAAACUUCAUUCUCAGGAGGCAUAUCUUCUUCUUCAUGCUUCAGACGUACUUUCCCACCAUGCUGAUGGUGAUGCUGUCCUGGGUGUCUUUCUGGAUAGACAGGAGGGCUGUACCUGCCCGUGUCUCUCUGGGCAUCACCACAGUUCUGACAAUGUCCACCAUCAUCACUGGUGUAUCAGCCUCUAUGCCACAGGUGUCUUACGUCAAAGCCGUAGACAUCUACUUGUGGGCAAGCUUCCUGUUUGUCUUCCUGUCUGUCAUCGAGUACGCUGCUGUCAACUAUUUCACUACAGUGGAGGAGAUGAGGAAGCUCAAGAGGGCAAAGAUCCCCAGCUCCUACAAUGCCACCCAGGCUAUGGCGUUCGAUGGCUGUUUCCAUGACAAUGAGAUCGACCUGGCUUCUUUUCCUGAGGUCUCCAGCACCCCAAAUACAGAGACGAACACUCAGGCUCGAAACUCUACCGUCUCCGGACCCGCAGAAGGCACCAGGCUACGCCGCAAGAACCCUGUAAAGCAACACUUCAGCUUCAUUAUGAGCAACAGCUACAUGAUCGACUCCUACUCCAGAGUCAUAUUCCCCAUGGCUUACCUGCUCUUCAACAUCAUUUACUGGAGUUUGUAUGCAUAGUACAUUAACUAUGCAGCACAAUAAACAAUAUUCAUUUUCACCAUUCUACAGUGUACCACCAACAGGCUGCAAUAAGCUGACUAAACAAUACUGGUCUGCUAUGGGAUGUAACCUCAAGUUUGCAUAGUGUGUGCUGAUGAGCAUAGAUAUCUUGCAUGAUGUCUUCUACUCAAGGAGUGUUCAGUUGUAACUUGGAGAAAAAUCCGAGAUCAGCUGUUGCAUUGAAUGGCUGUUAUUUUUGCGGAUGUUUGUGUGUUUUGGCAUGCCUGUUUUAUAAGAGAAAACAUUUUAUUCAAACAAAUAUAUUUUAUUUCUUGAUUAGACACAAACAUCAAAUUGUAUAAUUAAUGUACAUUGUC